AUGCCCUCCGAAGGCGAGACCCUUACGUCGGAUGGGCAAGAAAUAUCAGGAGCAGAGACGCAUCGAACACUGCCCUCGGCGUACAUCAGGCCUGCUCGCACGCCAGAUAGAGGGAUGCGCAAGAGCAUGGAGGCCCAAAGCUGGAUCAGUCGGCUGCGUAUCAGGAGAUGCAGCACGCUGAGCAAACAAUCUCUUCCUGCUCUCAUGCGCCAUGUCACUUGCGCCAAAUUGCAACACAGAAGUCUCGCCUUCGUAGGACCUGCCCCUCGAGCACCCAAAGCCCGCCGUUUUCCUCAUGCCGGCGGCCUUGCGCAUUCCAGACUCGCCCCCAUCCAAUACAUAUAUAUCGAUAUGCGGAGGCUCAAGAGACAUAGCAUUGCAGUGGUUGGAAUAAGCUUUGGACUACGUGGGGCUGCGCCCAUGGUUUGGCGAUGGUUCGUUCCUGCUCCGAAGGAAGAAAGAAGCCUGCUUAGCUGGCCAAUGAAGCGCUCGCUGCGGCAUUCCCUGUUUUGGUGA